AUAACAUUUUGAAAUUUAUAAUUUGAAAUGGCAAAGUUCCGUGAAUAUGCCAAGGAAGAUCCGGGAAUGUUUAGUGAUGGUCAUGCUAUUGAACGUGUCGGCUAUUUUACAUAUCCACCAGGACUAUCUCCAUUAGAAAAAAGAGUACCUAAAGCUGAUAAGAAUAAGCCUGAAAAUUCCCGAUUUCGUGGAACACAAUUUAUUACAAGUGGUUUAAAAACAAAAGAUGGAACAUGUGACGCCUAUUUUGAAAAAAGUUUUCAUCGUAUUUUUGAAAAGGAAGCAAUUUCAAAGCCACCGAAGAAAAGCCAAAAGAAAAAACAGCCUUUCAUACCAAUAGUACCUACAGGCCCAUCCAAAUUACAUUCCACUCCUGGUGACGGCUUUGGAUGUUUUUCAACAUACAGUUAUUUUUCAUUCGUUAGAUCAAAAAAACAAUACAAAAAAAAAUCAAAAGUUGCAGCGGCAACUUUUAAUGUGGGAUACCCUGGAUAUAUCAACCCAUAUCCACCAGCAAUUGAUCCACGAUUAAAAACUAAACUUUUAAAAGAACAGAAAAAGAAAAAGAAACCACUUGUAUAUUUAACUUUAAAUCAUAAAACUGCCGAUUAUUUUAAUCCGAAUCCUUAUUUUACUGAAACGCCUAAAGCUACUUAUAAACCUCCAAAAGAAGAAAAGGCAAAGCAGGCUGCAAUACCAUGGAUGCCUGUUGGAGAACCAAAAGAGAUUGGGGGUGGAAAAUUUGGUACAUUUGAUGUAUAUCCUGAUUAUUUUUCACCACGCUUAAAAAAAGUGAAAAAACAAAAAAAGGGUCAAACUACAUAUGGUCCUCAAGUUUGGGCAGAAACUAUUUCUACAUUUACACCAAGUGUAUCACAAAAAGUGAUCGAUAUGCAAUGCAAUCAAGUAACAUAUAGAGAUUAUAAACCUACGCAUGUAUCCAGAUAUCUUCCAGAUCUGUAGCGAGAUAUAUGUAACCAGACAUUUUUGAAGGUUUCAAGGUGUAUACUGCAGUUAAAUGUUGGAAUUGUUUUAAAAUGUAAUAUGAAUUUCAAUAAAAAAAAAG